AUGUUUAUCAACGGUGCAAAUAACAACACUUUUUUCACCUUUAAGAGAAAACCUAAUAAAGAGAGUUAUGCAGUUCAGGUAGAGCCGGAGGAUAUUGAGUGGAUUGUUAAGUUACACCAACGCCCAGGCUGUUCUGACUUCUUGCACGAUGCUGUUGCUGGCGUUGCAAAUGAGAUGCUAGUGGUCAUCGCGCAAGGUAGAAGUCGAUCGUGGUCCGGACAGACUUUCGAUGCUUUCCAGAUGUUAUCUUCGAAAUGCCCGAAGAAGGACGUCCAUGUUGACAAACCAUGGACAGGUGAAAAGAUUUAA